AUGCACUUCUGGUGCAGUGAGGAUGAAAAAGUAAAAUUCGUUGAAAAACUGGAAGACCAAGUAGGAGAGGAUAACAUGAUGAUAAUUUGGGAUUUGAUUGCUCAGACUGGCAUUGUUAGAAAUGGAUAUGAGGAAGUAAUGGGAGCUUUUGGAUAUGGAAAAAGAAAUGUUGAAGGUGAAGAAAUUCUAAAUCCGUGCACAAGGAAUAAGCUUUUAGGAAAGAAUAUACUCUUCAAAAAACGAGAUAGCCAUAAGGUUACUAGAUGUGGCUGGGAUGGCAAAUCUAAGACAGUUAUCACCUAUGUCUUAACAGACAAAUUAAUUGGAGGAAAAGUGAGGAACACCAAAGUAACUAUCAAGUGGGUGUCUGAAUAG